CUAAGCCGGCCAGUAGUGAGCUCCCACAUCUCAUUUUUCACUUUGUUCUCUGUCGUGCCUGAACUUUAACAAAAUGAGCUACAGACGAUCCAACUUUCAGCAGAUACCUUCUGCCCACAUCUCCUUGACCCGCUCCACACCCCAGUACCGUGCUGCCAGCAUUUAUGGCGGUGCUGGUGGACAUGGUGCCCGCAUCUCCUCUGUCUCCACAUCUUCUCUGCGCUCUGGUGCCCCAAUGACCUCCUCCUCAACUGCCUUCAAGCUGAGCAGUGGAAUGGGUGGUGGUAUGGGAGCAGGUUUUGGAGGUGGUGCAUCUAUGGCAGCAAGUGGCAGUGCCGGUGGUGGGAUCACGGGCAACGAGAAAGGAGCCAUGCAGAACCUGAAUGACCGUUUGUCCAACUACAUUCAGACUGUGAGGAGCCUGGAGCAGACCAACAAGGAGCUGGAGAUGAAGAUCAGGGAUGCCCUAGAGAAGGGGGGGCCCGACAUGAGAGACUACAGCAAGUAUGAGCCCAUCAUAGAUGACCUACGCAGACAGAUCUUUGACAAGAUAGCGGAAAAUGCUCGGUUUGUGCUCCAGAUUGACAAUGCCCGUCUGGCUGCUGAUGACUUCAAAGUGAAGUUUGAGAAUGAGAUGACAAUCCGCCAGUCUGUGGAGGCCGACAUUGCCGGGCUGAAGAAAGUCAUCGAUGACACCAACAUGAGCAGAAUGAACAUCGAGAGUGAGAUUGAAGCUGUGAAGGAAGAGCUGCUGUUCCUAAAGAAGAACCAUGAGAAUGAGGUGAUGGAGCUGAGGAAUCAGAUUUCCCACUCAGGCGUGCAAGUGGAUGUUGACGCUCCCAAAGGUCAUGACCUGGCUCAGAUCAUGGAUGACGUGAGGGUCAACUAUGAGAAGAUUGCUGUGAAGAAUGCAGAAGAUCUCAAACGGUGGCAUGAAAAUCAGACGGCAGAUGUACAGGCGCAGGUAUCACAGAACACAGAAGCUCUCCAGGGGGCCCAGAUGGAGAAGGGUGACUUAGGCAGACAGAUACAGACCCUGGAAAUUGAACUUGCAUCUCAACAGAGCUUAAAAGCCUCUUUAGAAGACACACUACACAACACAGAGCAGCGUAACAAUAUGGAAAUGGAGAAGUACAACACCGUUAUUAUCCGCCUGGAGGAGGAGCUCACACACUUGCGUGCAAACAUCCAGCAACAGACCCAGGAGUAUGAGGCGUUGCUCAAUCUAAAGAUGAAACUGGAGGCAGAGAUCAGCACCUACAAGACACUGUUGGAUGGUGGAGACUUCAAGUUCCAGGAUGCAGUGGAUGAGCUAGAGGCCCUGGGCUAAUUUGGAACAAUGGAUCUGGGACCAUCACAACAAUGGAAGCAGAGCAACCCACAACAGUCCGUAAUGGACAGAAGUCUCGCUGAUCCAGUCCACUAAAGGCAUUUAUUUUAACCAUGACCACUUUAGUCGCACCACAUAAAUGAUUUAAGCAAUUCAGAAUGAAGGCAUUCAACCAAACCUCAGUGAAACUGGCAGGGAUAUUUUGACACGAACCAUUCCCUGUCCUGGCAGCAAAAUAAAAGUGAAUAAAACCA